UGGUCUCUUACUAGCUGUGAUAACGACCCCAAGGUAAAAUUAAAAGCAGAGCUAUACUAUGCAUGCUAGCUAGCUAGCUCAGUGCAGUGUGAGUGUGUACGCAUACUUAAGCCAGCGCUUGUUUGCAGUCCUUGCUGAAUCUUUGAGAACACUAAAAACUGGCAGUUACUAUUGAAGAAGAGCAUUGUAGUCCAUUAAUCAAUAUGGCACGAGUAAGCAGAUUACGAGCAGCUUCUAGACAUUAUGGUGCCACCCGUCGUGUCGAUGAUCUUGAUGCCCUUGAGGCCUCCGUCCUCUCCAUGGACACAAUCAAGAGUGAGGAGCAGAGCGCAGAGUUCUCCUGUGGUGAAUGCUGUCAAGCAAUAUCGGAGAAUAUGUUCAACUUUACCCUGGGGGCAUGUCUCAACUGCUGUGUUGGUUCUAAGGGCGAGGAUGAGCCGCCUUCCCCGUCUCUAGAAGACCUUGACAUAAAAGACAUUAAAACAAAGCUGAAAUUCUAUUUUCUGAAUCCGUUUGAGAAAUGGAAGUUUCGAGACAAAAGACGAUUUCCAUGGAAACUGAUUAUGCAAGUGGCUAGUAUUAUCCUCGUCACAUGGCAGGUGGCACUCUUUGCUCACUCCAAGUUUGCCCUGAAUGACUUCCUUGAAGGGAAUAAACGGACGUUCACCCAACUGUUUGUGGUCCACCCGGCACCCCCAUUGUUCUCCAACCCAGUACCCGACCCCAUCAGUGUGAUAUACACCAACGAUGCCCUCUUUCAACAGCUCAACUUCACAGCCAACCAGUACUUUUAUCUGGAGAAAAUAGCGGCUGGUCCCUAUGGAUACGAAUGGAGCAUAUCAGAGGGCAAUGAAUCCAUCAUUCCACACCUCCACCUCAAGAUUCGUAUGCACGAGUAUGGUAAUAUCGACCCCACCACUAGGACCUACGAUGUUUCCUCCAAGAUCACUACAGAGACGCACCUUAUAACGAACAAGACUGACCCCAUCAACAGUGCUCUGGACUGGCAGAGGUUACAGAAAAACCUGACAAAGAUUUUAGAUUUCAACCUCAACUUCACUGUCAGCUCUGUGUACCUCACUGGAGCCAAGGUACCCAAGUGCUUUCAAUUCAACAUAGCGCUCACCAUUGAGAACAACCUUGAAGAUGGCAACUUGCCUGUGAACAUGGCGGUGGAAACUAAAAUGAGUGCUUGUAACGAUUCUGAUAUGAACCCCGUAGAUGUCGACUCAGGCGUUCUCGGUAAUAAAGAGACGACUAUAGUAGACAGUCUGGUCAUUGUAGUCUCCAUCUUGUCCAUCAUCCUCUGUGGUCGCUCCAUCGCAAGCUCUUUUGUACUCACCAACAAAGUUCGACGUUUCUUUAUUGUCAAGUUUGACUGGAAAUUGAAGUUGAAGCACUUUUUUCCUCUCUUCAAUAUGUGGUUUGUGGGCAUCAUUGUGAGCAAUGGAUUGGUCGUUGUGGGCUCCAUCAUGAAACUCACCAUUGCUUAUACUAACCCCGACUCCAUAGUCCUAGUGGAUAUUACGAGCAUCAUGAUAGGAUUGGCUGCGUUUGGCCAGUGGUGUGGACUGUUGAGAUUCCUCAGCUAUUUCGACAAGUACAACAUGCUGCUCAUCACUCUCCGACUGGCAAUGCCUAGUGUGGUACGGUUUGGAGUGUGUGCUGGUAUCCUCUACAUCUCAUUCUUACUGCUCGGCUGGCUCGUACUCGGACCCUACCAUCCUAAGUUCAAAGAUCCUUCAACCACUUCGGAGUGUCUGUUUUCCCUACUCAAUGGAGACGACAUGUUUGCCACGUACAACGAGAUGUCUCAAGCCUCCAUGGCUGCCUGGGUGUUCUCCAAAAUCUACCUCUACACAUUCAUCUCUCUAUUCAUCUAUGUUGUACUGUCCGUCUUCAUCUCUCUCAUAUCAGACACUUAUGAGACACUUCACGACCACUGGAGAAACAGACAGCGUGGUCUACUGAAGGACUUUGCCACUGACCAGCUCAUGAGGGGCAAGUUCAAGUCUGGUGACCAUCACGCUCACCACCACUCCAUUAUGGAGGACGACGCUGAAGACUACGACUACAUGAGAGGUCUUACUGCAGAGCUCAUGGAGGCUAAUUCGGAGCACCAGCCAUUAGUGAACGGUGAACCGGGUAUCCACACCACACAGCCCUCCCCCCUCCUCCCUGAUGCAGCUGGUCACCAACAAGCAUUCCCAGGCUCUAAAGUGGACUCUAGCAUUCAAAUUACCUAAUGGCAGGUGUGUGGAGGUAACCUUGCUGUUAGAACUUCUAGAACUUGUCUCUCAUAUUGAGAACUCAUUGUGUGUGCGCGUGUCGACUGGUACCAACAUUACAUCGUGUACGUUGUUUCGUUGUUUCAUGUUACUAUAAUUAUAGUUGCUUGAAAUUUUGUUUUAUUUAUAUUUUGUGUGACAUAAAGUUGACCAGAAGAGUCGUUGAUUUUGUAA